AUGGCAGCAAUAUUCUUCGCAUCUUCUCGUCGACAGGACGACCCUAUGCACGCAAAUAUGCAAGCCAACGAAAGUUUGAAGAAAACAAGCUCCUUACCGAGAUCCAGCGGAGAAGAACAGCAAGAAUACAAACUAGCAGAAUGCGGCAAGCAGCUUCGAUCUGGCAUCCUCGAGAAGAAGAUCGCUGGUACAGUCGUCACAUGGAAGACACAAGGCGUCGUCCUCACCGACCGCAUGAUCUGCUUCCUCAACGACGAUGGCGUCAUCGAGGACGACGAGACCGUGAUCGACUACAUCCCGCUGCAUGAGGUGGUGCAGCUGAUGAUGGAGGGGGAGAACAAGAGCGAGCGCGAGGAGAAGCUUUGCCUCAUCAUCCGCACGGUAGAGGGAGGACACAACUCCGGGCGUACGUACGUGUAUCGGAUGAAGACGGAGGCGGAGUGCCUUGAAUGGCACAAGGACAUGUCGACGGGGCUGAAGCUGGCGAUGAAGGCGAAGCGGCAAGAGCAAGAGCUGCAAGAGAUCGGGGACAGCAAGUAUCUGUGGCUGCGCUUCAAGGCGAAGAAGCUGAUCAAGGCGCGGACAACACACAUAGUGAUGUCAGUGCUGAUCUUGCUCAACUUCUUCGUGGAUGUGUACGAGGCCGAGAGCCUGCCCGAGGCAUCAUCAAGCGAUGGAGUGUUUGUGAGGACGGUAGGGAUACUUGUUACAGCUUUCUUCACAGUAGAGGUGUCGGUAGCAGCGUUCGCCAUGUCCGAGAACCACUUCAAGCCCUUCUACUCAGACCCCUGGAACAUCAUGGACCUCAUGGUGAGGAGCUUGAUCGAGGAUGAUCACGGCCCCGGGGAGAGCGUGUUCCAGAUCAUGACGGGAGACUCGUGGGCAAGCUCGGUAUCGCGGACGCUGUUCGACGAGGUUGGGCCGGACGACGCGGAGGCAGGGAACCUGAACCGGCGGGUGGCGCUCUUCUCGAUCUCGUACGUGAUCAUAGCGACGAUCAUCCUGGUGAACAUCGUGGUGGCGGUGCUGCUGGACGAGUUUAUCUCGUCGGUGACGCGAGAGAAAGAGGAGCAAGCGAGGCUGCUGCAGGAGCAGCGGGAGCUGGAGGCGAAGGCGUCGAGGAUCUCAGGGGUGCUGGACCCGCUGCUGGUGUCGAUCUCGUCGUUCAACGACAACGUGGACUUGUCGAGUCGGAUCAAGCAGCUGUACGCGAUGCUUGACGCCGACGGGGGCGGCGGGCUGGACUUCCACGAGCUGAACGCGGGGCUGAAGCAGCUCCCGCUGCCGACGCCGAUCCAUCUGACGCUGGACGACUAUGACAUCAUCACGGAGGGAGGAAACCUUUGCAAGGAGGAUGGGGAGUUCGACGCGGACCAGUUCCAGUCCAUGAUGAAGGGAGAGCUGAAGCGAUACGCUCAGCGAUGCGUCGCCAACGCCAUGUCGGAGACGGAGAGGAAGGAGGAUCACUCGAUCUUGUUCAUGCUGAAGCUGCUGACGAUGACGGUGGACGAGAUCCAUGCGGGGAUGAAGCAGAUGGAGAAGCAGCAGGCGGAGGUAGAGGGGGUGGGGGAGAAGGUAGAGAGGAUGUGCAAGGAGCUAGGGGAUCAGAUCUCGGAACUGCGGGGGUUGAUUGGAGGGGCGAGAGAGGCUGCUUUGGAUGCGCCUGCUGUUGUCAAACAGUUGCCGAGCAAAUCGAGGAAUGUUGCUAACAUGGGAGGUUCACUGAACGAUUUGAAUCAAAGUCAAGUGGUUGGGCCUUACCGCAUCGGAUCUGUCAAUUCCCCGGAGUCUCAGGUGUCGUACGAUCUGUUGGAUUGCUGUAUGAGUUCUGUCGUCCAGAAUCUUUACAACUCUGUCCGUUUUCCUCCUCCCACCAAUGGCAGAGCGUCUGAAGGAGGAGCUCCGCGCGCUCAAGCAAAUGGAAGGCCGAGGGCGAACUCGACCUUCACGCGCAAGGACCUGGAUGACUGGAUCACAAACGUCAAGGCGAACGGCAGCAAGGAGAAGGCGAGGAGGGGGCCUGAAGCUGUCAAGGGGGACUAUCAGGGAGCAAGCGGCGGAACUCAUACAAGUCUCAUGGAAAUUGAACGAGCUCGAAGAGAGAGUAUCAGGGGCAGCAACAAGACCACCAGCACAACUGAUUACCUGCUUGUGACCCGAGAUGCCGGACCUCAGUCGAACCGAUCGAACAAACCAAAGCGACAGUUGUCAUCAGUGUUUUGA